AUGGUCCCACCCAUCAAUCAGAUUUUCAAGUACCUACAGCAGCAGUCAAAGGUAACCAUUUGGUUGUAUGAACAAGUUAAUGUUCGCCUUACUGGUGUUUUGAAAGGAUUUGAUGAAUUCAUGAAUGUUGUUCUUGAUGACGCUGUGGAAAUUAGUCAAGGGAAUUCUGCUAAACAAAGGAAAUUGGGAACAGUGCUCUUGAAGGGUGAUAAUAUUACCUUAAUAUCAUAUGAAGAUUAA